AUGACGACCCUCCCGCCGUUCCCCCUCCCCGCGACGCCGUCCAUCCCGGACGAGCACCUCGCCUCGACCCCCGCACUCGACCUCUUCAAGCUCGCAGCGGCCGAGUUCAUCCACUCUGUCCUCCCCGAGGUUGAUGUCGAGAAGGCGUUCGAGGGGGUCGAGUCGGGAAAGACGGGGAAGAACGUCCAGGGCGAUUUCACGGUUGCGGUUCCGCGGUUCAGGCUCAAGGCCAAGCCUAACGAGGUCGCAGAGAAGCUCGCCGCUGCGUUCAAGCCGACCCCCUACCUCGCUUCCGUCAGCGCCAACGGCGCCUUCGUCUUCUUCAACUGCCAAGUCAACGCCCUCGCCUCCCUCGUCCUCAACCAGGUCAACACUCAGACCUACCUCACCCCCGACGAAGACCACUCCGCCCUCUCGACCUUCGCCAACCUCUCCCUCUCCGACUCGGGCGCCGACAAGCCCCCAGCGGGCCUCAAGCUGCUGAAGAAGAACGGCUACGGCACGAACCAGAGCGGAAAGGGGAAGAACAUCAUCGUCGAGUUCUCGUCGCCUAAUAUCGCCAAGCCUUUCCACGCCGGUCAUCUUCGCUCGACCAUCAUCGGCGCCUUCCUCGCCAAUCUGUACGAGGCGAACGGCUACAACGUCUUGCGCAUGAACUACCUCGGAGACUGGGGCAAGCAGUUUGGUAUCCUCGCUGUGGGCUUUGAGCGCUACGGUUCGGAGGAGGAGCUCGAGAAGGACGCCAUCACGCACUUGUACGACGUCUACGUCAAGAUCAACAAGGACGGCGAGACAGACGAGUCGAUCCACGACCGGGCGCGCGAGUUUUUCGUCAAGAUGGAGGCGGGAACACGGCUGAUCGUCCUCAUCAUCGGUCUCGCAGGCGACGAGGAGGCGGUCGCGCUGUGGAAGAAGUUCCGCGACCUGUCGAUCGUCAAGUACAAGGAGACGUACGCUCGGCUCAACAUCUACUUCGACCUGUACUCGGGCGAGUCUCAGGUCUCUCAAAAGGCGCAGACCGACGCGCUCGAAGCACUGCAGAAGUCCGGCAUCGUCGAGGAGUCGCAGGGCGCGCUUAUCGUCGACUUGCGCAAGUACAAGCUCGAGAAGACGGUCGUGAGGAAGAAGGACGGCACGAGCGUGUACAUCACUCGUGACAUCGGUGGGGCGGUCGAGCGGUACGAGAAGUACAAGUUUGACAAGAUGGUCUACGUCGUCGCGAGUCAGCAGGACCUCCAUCUCGCGCAGUUCUUCAAGGUGCUCGACCUGAUGGGCUACGACUGGGCCAAGACGCUCCAGCACGUCAACUUUGGCAUGGUGCUCGGCAUGUCGACGCGCAAGGGCACCGCCGUCUUCCUCGAGCAGAUCCUCGACGAGUCGAAGCGCGUCAUGCACGACGUCAUGCGCAAGAACGAGGACAAGUAUGCCGCGAUCGAGGACCCCGAGUACACGAGUGACAAGCUGGGCAUCACGGCCGUCAAGGUGCAGGACAUGUCGGGCAAGCGGAUCAACAACUACGAGUUCAAGUGGGAGCGCAUGACUUCGUUCGAGGGCGACACGGGCCCUUACCUGCAGUACGCGCACGUCCGGCUGUCGUCGGUCGAGCGCAAGAACGCGCCCGACGUCGUCCUCCCGCCUCCCGCCGAGCGGCCGUCGACGAUCGACACGUCCCUCCUGACCGAGCCCAAGGCGCGCGAGAUCCUCCUCCUGCUCGGACAGUACCCGGACGUCGUGCGCGCGGCGCUCAAAUCGCUCGAGCCGUCGACGAUCUGCACGUUCGCGUUCCGCCUGUCGCACUUGAUCUCGUCGGCGUGGGAGACGCUCAUCGUCAAGGGCCAGCCGCGCGACGUCGCGCUCGCCCGGCUGUGGCUCUACGUCUCGGCAAAGGACGUCCUCGGCAGCGCCAUGCGCCUCCUCACCCUCGAGCCCCUCGAGCGCAUGUAG